UGUGUCAAAUCCUUUCUAUUGCUAUCGUCAGUUCUUGUGUUGCCGUCUUGCUACAACUUCCGAUAUCUUCUGUGCCUCUUCCCAGUGACGCAUGCAAUCUCCAGCGUUUUACUCAGGGAAUCUAAACUGUCUCUCGAGCAAGUAAACGCCCUAGUUCCUGGGAAAUUUCACAAAACGUUUGAAAACGUUAUAGAAUGCUGGCCUGAAGCGGCAAUCUUCUGCUCGGCGCUACUUCCCUUCAAGAGCCUCCCAGCGCUGAUACACGCAUUCGAAAAUUACAUUGAACGCCUACCGAGCGAAUCAAAGUUAAAGAUUCUGAGACUGUACCCAGAUUUGGCUGGCAAACUGUUGGACAGCAAAGAACUCUCCACGGACUCCUCUAUCGAACACAAUUCAGCCGGUUUAGACAACUUAGCCGCUGAAGACAAGGCAAAACUCAACGAAUAUAAUGAACGUUACAAAGCUCAGUUCGGAUUUCCAUUCAUCGUAUGUGUCCGAGAAGCUUCAAAGUUCGAAACUAUUCUGCGCAGUGUUACCGAGAGAAUUAACAACUCUAUUGAUCAAGAAUUGGAAAUCGCUGUCGGUGAAGUGAAAAAAAUCUGCCGCCUUCGAAUUCUCCAGUUAGUUUGUGAUGUAUAAUGAUUGUUGAUUAACGUUUAAAAAUGUCCUGUUCCUGUGCGUCUGCUUUUGGUCGUACAGCAUUGAUUAUUUGCAAAUAAAAACGUCAUGGUUUUAAAAACAA